AUGGAGGAAGACGACGCCACAGGCGGUGGCGAUGGAGCAGGCGGCUCCGGAGGAGGAGGCGGCCUCGAGGGCUGGCCAGACGACGACGGGGAGGAGUACACGUUGCGCCGCCCGCCGGUCACCAACAGGGUGGGGGCGAGCUCCUCAACAGCGUCGACUGCACCAGGUGGCGCACCAAAGCGCCGAGCCGGCACGCAGCUGCAAGGCGGCCAGCCGAAGAAACCCAAGGGCACGGCCGCAGCGACCAGGCGGGAGGAAGCCGCCGCAAAGGCGGCCCAGUUCCAGAGGGCCCCGAAGCAGCCGCCGACGGUAGCCCCGCUCUCCCUUAAGCGGUCGGCCUCCACCUCCGUCAUCGGGGGAACGGAGGGCUUCGCCAACACCCGCCGCAUAGACCCGCUCGCCGACCUGUGGGAGACGGAGAAGAACGCGCGGGAGGAUUACCACAACAUCCUUGCGGCCGCCUUCAACUCCCAGGUCCAGGAGCUCGCCAAGCGGACCACUGACUUGGCCGACAGCUGGAGAGCCAACGCCACCUUACGGCAGCAACUGGGCGAGGCUCAAACUGCGCUGCACGCCAAGGAGGAGGAGCGCAGCAAAAUGGAGAAGGAGCGCGACAGCCGGGCCAAGCAGCUGGCUGACCAGGCGGACUAG